AUGUCAUCUUCGGAUAACAUUGAAAUGGAGGCAGCUAGGUAUCUGCACAGGCUCAUUCGAGUUUCAACAGACGAACCUCCAGAGCUAGCUACCAAACUUUAUGUGAUAUUGGAGGACAUGAAAUUUAGCGGCCAGGAACACACAAUGCCUUAUCAAGUCGUAUCUAGGUCCCUGGACACCUUAGUCAAUCAGCACAGUCUUGACAUUGAAGUUCUAAAGUCAUCUCUUCCUCAAGCUGGUGAUACUCAAACUCUAAGGUCCCUGGACACCGUAGUCAAUCAGCACAGUCCUGACAUUGAAGUUUUAAAGGCAUCUGUGUGUCUUCCUCAAGCUGGUGAUACUCAAACAAAAGAUCCUGGAUCUGGAAAUUUGGCUGGGUCUCAAAUGGAUGGAGCUGGAGAUAAGGGCAAAACAAGUCUAUCUGAAAAUGAGAUGACAAAAUAUGAUGCAUUGAUCGCUUCACAGCUUGGUGGAUCAAACACUGCAUCACAGGCCUUUUACCAAUUGUCUGGCACUCAAAGUAACAUACCAUUUGAUCAUGACACGCCGUCUACCUUGCAUUCUCAAUCUCACAAUAAGAAUGAAGCAAUGGAUCAAAGGGUUGCCAAGUCACUGGGAAAGAGGAAGGUAGGUGAAUCACCACCUUCAUGGGAGCAAUAUAUCGAUACCUCUCAAAUGUUUGGUAACCUUCCUGGGAGCAUGAUUGGUGAUCAGACUGGUGAACAAAGAAGAAUGGAAAUGCCUCGUGAUUCAGGUGGCAUUGAGAAUAUUCCAGUUGGAUUGGAAUCAGCUGCAUACACUACUACUCCACAGUGUGGCUGGAACAACAUUGUAGUCACUGCAAACAGGCCUCCUCCAGUACAUAGAGAACCUGGAAACAGGCGUCCUCCAGUACCUAGAGAACAUGGAUACAGGCCUCCUCCAGUACCUAGAGAACCUGGAUGCUUACCUCCUCAAGUACAUAGAGAACCUGGAAACAUGACUCCUCCGGUACAUAGAGACCUUGGAAAAAGUGUUGCUGUAGAGAGUAUGAUGCCUUCAUCAACUUCACCUUUUAAAGAGGAACAACUGAAACAGUUCAUGGCCCAGUCGUCCGUGAAUGUAGCUCUAAGAAAUGGUUUUGUGCCGAACCAAACGGACUUAGAGAAAGCUCUUCAGAUUAAUUUCCCUGGAGGUGGUAACAUUCAGAAUUUUCCUGUUGGGUUAUCAUCAUAUGCAUACACGACUCCACAGUAUGGCUGGCAAAACACCGUAGUCACUCCAAACUGGCCUCCGGUACAUAGAGAACAUGGCCACAAUGUUGCAGUACAAAGAUUACUGCCUUCACCAGGCUCUCCUUUUAUGGAUCAGCAACUGAAGCAGCUGAAUGCCCAGUGGCUUGUGAGUGCAUCUCUCAGAAAUGGUUUUAUCCCCAAGAAAGAGGAUUUAGAGGACGCUCUUCAGAAUCAAUUCCCUGGAGAUGGCUCUCAAGCACAAGCUCAGGCUGCUGCUAGUCAUUCUCAACUAGCUUCUUCUUCAGAUGGUGUUGAUGACCUCUCAACUUCUGUUAUUCAACUCAAAAACUUUAAUGUUCCGGACAAUCCAGAUAUCAUGCGAUCGGCACCUAUGCGCACCAUGUUAGAGCAGUUGAUUAUGGAUCACCAGAAUCAGAAAAGAUUGGAUGAUGAAAUACAGGCUCUUAAACGAAAGAAAACUGACGAGGCAAUCGCUGCACGGAUCAAAGUGUUACAGGAAACUCCGGAUUUGUCAGAAUCUUUAAAGAGAGAACUGAGAAAGCUUAAGCUAGUAGGUUUACAACGGCGUCUGAGGAGAGAGGUUAUUGAGGACUACUUCAGACCAGUUACAGAUGAGCUUGAGAAGGUAAAAUCAUACAAGAAAAAACACAAACAUGGCCGGAAAGAUAAGCAGAUUGCCAAGUAUGAGCAGAAGAUGAGGGAGGAACGACAAAAAAGAUUUCGUGAGAGGCAGAAGGUGUUCCUUGGGAAGAUAGAGGUUCAAAAGGAAAAGAUAGAGGAAUGUAGCAAAGCUAGGAGAGAAAGGCACAAGGGUUUCAAUAAGUAUGUGAAGGAGUUCCACAAAAGAAAGGAACGGCUUCAUCGUGAGAAGAUGGACAAAAUUCAACGUGAGAAGAUUGAUUUGUUAAAGGUUAAUGAUGUGGAGGGUUAUCUCCGGAUCGCGCAGGAUGUCAAGUCAGAUCGAAUAACGCAACUACUCAAAGAGACUGAGAAGUACCUACAGACACUUGGAUCCAAGUUAAAGGAGUCCAAAUCUUUGACCAGACGAUUUGAGUAUGAGGCAGAUGCGACAUCUAUUUCAACUGCUGUUGAGGAUGAAACUUCAGAUGAAAUUGAAGAUGAGAGUGACCAGGCAAAGGCAAGUUCUCUUUCUCAAGAGUUGUUUUUGUUUUUUUCCUUUUGUGUGUGUGCUUUCUUCCUUUUGUUUCUCAUUGUUACAAAAUAUGUCAUGCAGGACUACCUGGAACGCAAUGAACAAUACUACUUGAUGGCUCAUAGGUACCAAAUGAAUGGCCUAAGGUGGCUAAUUUCACUCUACAACAAUAACUUAAAUGGCAUUCUUGCUGAUGAGAUGGGUCUUGGGAAAACUGUUCAGGUUAUAUCUUUGAUUUGCUAUCUCAUGGAGACAAAAAAUGAUAAAGGUCCCUUUUUGGUUGUUGUACCAUCUUCUGUUCUGCCUGGUUGGCAGUCAGAAAUCAAACUUUGGGCUCCGGUAAUUAAUACAAUUGUUUACCGUGGGACUCCUGAGGAACGGCGCAAACUAUUCAAGGAGGAAAUGGUUCAACAGAAGUUCAAUGUUCUUCUGACGACGUAUGAGCAUCUAAUGAACAAGAAUGAUAGACCUAAACUAAGCAAGAUCCACUGGCAUUAUAUCAUUAUUGACGAAGGACAUCGCAUAAAGAAUGCAUCAUGCAAGUUGAAUGUAGAGCUGAAACAGUACGUUAGCUCCCACCGACUUCUCUUAACUGGGACCCCAUUACAGAACAACCUGGAAGAAUUGUGGGCUCUGCUUAAUUUCUUGCUGCCUGAUAUAUUCAACUCCUCGGAAGACUUUUCAGAAUGGUUCAACAAACCAUUUCAAACUAAUGGAGAUAAAUUUCAAACUAAAGGAGAUAAUUCUGCUGAAGAGGCGUUGCUAUCAGAAGAGGAGAGUCUGCUUCUCAUCAAUCGACUUCAUCAAGUCCUUCGACCAUUUAUGCUGCGGCGGAUGAAACAUAAGGUUGAGGAUGAGCUUCCUAAGAAGAUAGAGAGAUUGAUACGCUGUGAGGCAUCUGCUUAUCAGAAGCUGUUGAUGAAGAGGGUUAGGGAUAAUCUGGGCUCUAUUGAUGAAAAUGUCAAGUCACGUGCUGUCCAAAACUCCGUAGUUGAGCUUCGCAAUAUAUGCAAUCAUCCAUAUCUCAGCCAACUGCAUUCAGAGGAGGUCAAUAACAAAAUUCCUCAGCAUUUUCUGCCCCCAGUUAUAAGACUGUGUGGUAAGCUUGAGAUGUUGGACAGGCUUUUGCCCAAGCUCAAAGCAACAGACCAUCGGGUUCUUUUCUUUUGCACAAUGACUAGGCUUCUUGAUGUCAUGGAGGAAUACCUCGAAUUCAAGAGGUACAAAUACCUUAGGCUGGACGGGAAGACAUGUGGGGGUGCUCGUGGUGCUCUUAUUGAAGAUUUCAACAACCCUGAUUCCCCAUAUUUCAUAUUUCUUUUGAGCCUACGAGCUGGUGGAGUAGGAAUCAAUCUUCAGGCUGCUGAUACUGUGAUAUUAUUCGAUACCGACUGGAAUCCUCAGAUUGAUUUACAAGCUCAGGCAAGGGCUCACAGGAUUGGGCAGAAAAAAGAUGUGCUUGUUCUUCGUUUUGAAACGGCCAACACUGUUGAGGAGCAAGUCAGAGCUACAGCUGAGCACAAACUUGGAGUUGCUAACCAGAGUAUAACUGCUGGCUUCUUUGACAAUUCCACAAGUGCUGAAGACCGUAAGGAAUAUUUGGAAUCCCUUUUGCGUGGAUCAAAGAAAGAGGAGAAUGCUCCAGUGCUGGAAGAUGAUGCCUUGAAUGAUCUUAUAGCUAGAAGCGAGCCAGAGAUUGAGAUCUUCGAGUCCAUGGACAAACAAAGGAAAGAAGAUGAGAUGGAAAUAUGGAAGACCUUGGUACAGGGACAAGGGUCAAGUAGUGUUUCCGUUGAACCACCUACACCCUCUCGGCUUGUUACUGAAGAUGAUUUGAAACAACUAUAUGAAACAAUGAAAUCGAAUGAUGUCCCAAUGGUUAAAAAGGAACUAAAGGUUGGCAAGAAGCGGAAGAGAGGUGCUGUAGAAAGCUUGGACAGUCACAACCAAUAUGGAAGAGGGAAACGAAUUAAAGAGGUUAAGUCUUAUGUAGAAAUUUUAAGCGAAGACGAGUUUAGCGAAGACGAGAUUAAAGACGUGUGGGAAGCUGAGCCAUCCCCAUCCCCUCCUCCACAAAGAAAGGGAAAGAGUGUGGCGGUUGAAAACUCUGGUGGCACACCACUCCAUACAUCUCCGGCGCUGGAAAUGACUCCACAACCUAUGAAACGUGGUCGUGGUAGGCCGAGGAAAGUGCCUUCUCAUCCUACUUCGCUAGGCACUGCAAGCCAAGGAACACAGCCUUCUCAUCCUACUUCGCUAGGCACUGCAAGCCAAGGAACACAGCCUUCUCAUCCUACUUCGCUAGGCACUGCAAGCCAAGGAACACAACCUGUCAAACGUGGGCGUGGUAGGCCGAGAAAAAAUGAAGCUCAGGUAACAUUAUCAAUUCCAGGCAGGAUACAGGCAUCAGGAAAUGCUAGUUCAUCGGCAGUAAAUGGUCCUGAUUCUGCUGUUCCGAGGAUAAAGCUGGAAACUGUUGCUGAUGCUGGUGAAGGAAGCUCUUUUCAGAAUCCAUUGGUCAUCAGAGAGAUCAAGGAAGAGUAG